ACUGAACUAGAACGAAGACUGACACGCAGUCCUACAGAUUAAAUAAUUUAUUUGCAAUACAAGUGCGACGGGUUAAGUCACUUGUCAGUUCGUUAUUGCAUAUGUGUAUAAAACAAAACCGUCCACAACCACAUCACAUUGUAAUCAUUGAUAACCACUAAUUCAACUUAUUCGUUUUAUAGACAUCGCCCAGUGUAGUUAAUUAUAUUUAGAGCUCUUCAAAUAAGAUAAUAAUAAAAUAAAAUGACUCAGAUUAGCGCAAACUGCAUGUGGCUGGUUGUCCUUGUAGCUGGAUCUUUCCGAACAACUUUAUCAAUGAAGUACCAAUGUCAACAGAAAAACAAAGAAUGCACGAUAAUAACUAACUGUACUUCUGCUUUGGAAGCUUUAAAAAACAGAGAAGACAAGUUGUUGAGAAUGAUGCAUUGUGGAUACGACGUGAGAGGCCCACGGGUGUGCUGUCCGGUUGAUCGCCCAAUAGUAUUUAGAAACGAUUCAGAGACAGCGACAAGCAGAGUCGAAACCACCAGUACGACACAAAACCCUGCUACAACUCCGCUUAUUACCACGUCGACAAGUGCCAGCAACGUAUUGAAUACAGCUAACGUGUUACCUUCUAUAAAAGUUUGCGGCAUCUCUGGCUCGGGUUUGGAUCGCAUUAUAGGCGGUUCGAUAGCUGCCCUUGACGAAUUUCCAUGGCUAGCUCGUAUUGCAACGAAGAGGUAUGAUAAACUGAAAUACACAUGCGGCGGAUCUCUGAUAACACAACAAUUCGUUGUGUCAGCUGCACAUUGUGUUAUUGACAGGAAAGUUGUGGCAGUACGGCUGGGUGAGUGGGAUACAGAAACAGAAAAGGAUUGCAAUGAUGAUGACUACUGCAGCGACCCUCCGGUAGAUGUCAUGGUCGUCCAAGUUAUAGUUCAUCCCAUGUACGAUAGGCGUCUGCAUAAUGGAGAUAUUUCACUUCUCAGAUUGGAAAAAUCUAUUAAUUACACAGAUUUCAUUCGGCCAGUAUGUUUGCCCACCACUGAAUUUGUGGCCAGUCAGGAUUACGUGAUCGGGACAUCGUUCACAACUGCAGGUUGGGGCCUCACUGAACUGGGAACGCCGUCAAUAAUAAAACAAAAGGUGGAUCUCGAUACAGUUCCAAUGGAUAUUUGUAAAGUGAAAAUGCCACAUAUUAACAAAUUGGACGUUGAUAAAAUAAUAUGUGCCGGUGGAAAACCUGGCAAGGACACUUGCAACGGUGAUUCCGGAGGUCCUCUCACCAAAGAUAUAACAAUUGAAUUUAAUACAAAUGCCUAUCUUUUCGGUAUCACGAGUUUCGGCUCCGCACGCUGCGGCGUCACUGAUACCCCAUCGGUAUACACAAGAGUAGCUGCGUAUAUGGAUUGGAUUAUUGCAAACAUUAACAAGUGAUAUCCAAACAAUGAUGUACGAAUAGGAUAUCCACAGAGGAUAAAUCAAGAUGUAUAUUACCAUUAUGACUGUGAUAGUAAAUUACGUAAAAAAUUUUUAGAUGU